AUGGCGGAGUUGAAUGAGAUGAUAGAGACGUUGUACGCCGGCAAACUUAUUAGUGAGCAGCAGGUGGCGCAGCUGUGUGACCGCUGCAAGGACCUCUUUCUCGAGGAGGGAAACAUUGAGGUUGUGUACGCUCCCGUCACACUGUGUGGCGAUAUCCACGGCCAGCUAUUUGACAUGUUGGAGCUCUUUCGUCAUGGCGGCCGCGCGCCGGACACCAGCUAUGUGUUCAUGGGGGACUUUGUGGACCGCGGCUACCACAGCGUCGAGACCCUGUUGCUGCUGCUUCUACUAAAAGUCCGCUACCCAGACCGCAUGACACUUUUGCGCGGUAAUCACGAGUCCCGUCAGAUCACGCAGGUGUAUGGCUUUUACGACGAAUGCUACAGAAAGUACGGUAGCGCCAAUGUCUGGCGCUUUUGCACCGAUUUGUUUGACUACAUGCCGUUAUUGGCUUUGGUAGAGGAGGACGUGUUGUGCGUGCACGGCGGUCUGAGCCCAGACAUUAACACACUCGAUGAAAUUCGUGUUUUGGAUCGUAAGCAGGAAGUUCCACACGAGGGCCCCAUGACAGAUCUUCUGUGGUCCGACCCUGACGACAUCAACGGUUGGGCCCUUAGCCCACGAGGUGCGGGAUUUAUUUUUGGCGCAGACGUCACGAAGGCAUUUAAUCACAGGAACGGCAUCACGCUUAUUGCACGCGCUCACCAACUCGUUUUUGAAGGCUACAAGUCCAUGUUUGACGACAACUGUUGCACAGUGUGGUCCGCUCCAAACUACUGCUACCGCUGCGGCAACGUUGCGUCCAUCAUGAAAAUAGGCGAGAAGUCACGAACAGACCGCAGCUUCAUCACAUUUGGGGCGGCUCCCGCUGAAGAGCGCGGGCACUUGACUAAAAAGCCCCCGCCCGAGUACUUCUUGUGA